GAAUCAUACAGAUGUUUUCCGCUGAUUAAAUCUCAAUUCAAUUUGCCAUCGCCAGGCGCAGUCGCGUUAACCAUCGCUCGAUCGAACAUUUGCUUUACUAUAAUUGGAUACCAAUCGACAACGUUCACUUGACUUACAACGGAGCUGGUAGUCGUCGUCGACACGAUCGUGUACGACUUUUAUAUCGUCAAUCCAUACGCGAGUCGGGAGAGGAGCAUUUCCGCGUUGUCGACGAAACGUAUCCAAUGAAACUUUGUUGUGCUCUGAUCAACUAGACAACUGUCGUAUACGAGAAUGCAAUAGCAAAAUGCAGCGGAUCUGGAAACGCGACGAUUCAUCACGAUAGAAAUCAGAGAAAACUGGCUCGUGAAACUGGCCAAAUUGCUACUGUCAAUGAUCGUUUAUUUAUACGGUGCGAUCACGUAGCGAAGUAUGUUCCGGCGAAAGUGCGAUCUGAUCGUUCUCGCGUGGGUGACGACGAUGAUGUUCGAAUUUGCACGAUGCCAAUUGAUCAGGCCGAUCCACGUGUACGAGGGUCUGAUCAAAGACAUACGCGAUUACUUCAAUAACACGUGUAUCAUACUGCUACACACUAAUCCGAAUCCCAUCGAGACGCAAGGACUCACGGAAGGCGAUGAUCUGCUGCGUCUCCAGAAAUAUCUGAGCUUGAAAUUUCACAUACGCGCUGUGUUUAUGGAUUUUCGUACGUUUAAUAGCCGAAUUGGGUACAGUUACCAUCACAUCAAGAGACCUUUGUUCGUCUUACUAAACAACCACGAAGAUACGAGGACUGAAUUUAUGAGUCAGGUUUCAACGUGGAUCACGAUGUCUUAUCCCACCUGGUUGAUCUUCUUCGAUAACGCGACCGAACUUGCAGAAUUUUUCUUUAACAUUUACAUCCCCUUUGAUUGUAAGUUUAUGGUGGCUCAAAGCAGCGCGAAUGUUGACGACAGGGAGAUCAUCACUGAAGUUUAUCAAAUUGACCGAGAUAAAGAACUGAGAUCGAAUCAGUUCGGUGUAUGGAACAGGAGGAAAGGUCUGAAAGGACCAACACGCGGCCUAUUUUUACGAAGAAACGAUCUUUACGGCCAGAAUAUACGCGUCACGUCGGUUCGCGAUCCUCCUAUCAGUCUGUUUCACCAUGACAAUCGCAACGAGAUAACCAGAAUAAGUGGCUUUUUCGGGGAGGUGAUUCUGUUAUUACAAGAAGCAAUGAAUUGCACAUUCACUUACAAGGAGGCCAACUCGUGGGGCAUGUGUCUACCAAACGGCUUAUGCACGGGCGCAGUCGGGAUGUUGAUGAACAACGAGGUCGACUUCGCAGCGACAGAAUUCAUGAUGACUUCGGACAGAUUAGAUGUCAUUAGUUUCACGACACCAAUUUACACAACAAAAUGUCGUACAUACAUUAAGAGGCCGGCAUCCACGAAUGUCAAGUGGGACGCUUACAUGGCACCGUUCUCAACGGACACCUGGAAAGUCAUAGCUAUCUUCAUAAUAAUUAUGAGCGUAUCAAUCGUAUUUAUACAAAAAUUGUUCUCUUUCGCAUUGCUGCAUCUGUCAAACGACGACUGUCCUUCGACCAGAUUUACAGAGAUUCUGUUUUACGUCAUAGGAGCAUUUUGUAGUCAAGGUAUGGAGCCGUCUACUCUGGACCCUGUGAGGAUGAUGCAUUUCGUAAUUCACAUAACAGCCGUCGUAAUCUUAGCCGCCUAUUCCGCUUCCUUGAUCAGUUUUCUCGCCGUGAACACAUUCGUUAUGCCUUUCACGACUAUGAGCGGUCUUUUAAAAGAUGGAACCUAUCGUUUCGGCGUGGUUGGUGAUUCAGCUGAUUUUAGUUUCUUCCAGAACACAUCAGACAAGAUACUUCGCGUGCUGUUUGACGAGUUGUUAAUGAAAGAGACUGAUUUACCGAGAAACUAUAUGGACGGUUUAAAACGUGUUUGCAAGGAAGAUAAGUACGCUUUUAUGACGCUGGACAACAUGGCAGCGAUAUUACAGGAGAGAGUCGAUUGCAAAUUGGAGCCAUUAGAUGUCAUCACGCACAUUACCGUAGCGAUGGCUGUGCGACCCAAUAGCCCGUAUCGUGGUAUUAUUAAUGCGAAUCUUCUUCUGCUAAGAGAUAGUGGAAUCCUGCAGCGCUUGCUGCAAACGCAAUGGUCGGUUCAGAUAACUGAAAGAAAAUCAUCAUGGAAGUCGGUCGAGAUCGGCGAUAUAGUACCGCUAAUACUUCUCAUGAUCGCAGCAUUGUUCGUCAGCUGCGUUGUCCAGAUCUUAGAACACGUUGUCUACAAGUGUUUUCUGAAACGGAAGCAAUUAACGAUUAAUAAAAAGAAAUAAACAUGUAAGUGGAAUGUUGCGUUAUUAUAUUUUUG